AAUUGUUACCAAAAAUAACAAAACCACAGAGGAAGCCUAAAAAUGACUCAAGCAAUCUAUUACCACACAUGGCAGUAAGGGCCUAUAUAAGCAUUAUAGCUGUGAUCAUUAGACACAGAAGACCCUAAGAUUUUCUCUUUUUAGCAGAGAUCAUUUGAUAACACUAUGAGAUACAUCCUACUCUGUGUUGCACUGUUCCUGCCUGGAAGUCUUGCUCUCCCAGUUCCACUUAAGACAGCACCACCAAGCUCCGAAGACCUGAAGCGUUUACAGAAUUACCUUGACAGGUUCUUUCCAUCCAUUAAUAAAGCAGGCCGUACCUUAGAAGAGAAAAUUAAAGAGAUGCAGAAAUUUUUCCACCUGACUGUAACAGGAAAAUUUAAUUUAGAAACGGAGGAAAUGAUGAAUAGGCCAAGGUGUGGCAUCCCUGAUGUAUUAGAUUACAGCACAUUUCCAGGAAAUCCAAGAUGGAGGAAGAAUUUGUUGACUUACAAGAUCGUUAACUAUACACCUGAUCUGCCUCGUUUAUUGGUGGAGAAAGCAAUAGAAAAGGCUUUUAAGGUGUGGAGUGACGUGACUCCACUGAAGUUUCAAAAAGUUGCCAGGAGAGAAGCAGAUAUCCUGAUUCGUUUUGCACAUGGUGAACAUGGCGACUCAUUCCCCUUUGAUGGAAGAGGGGGAAUACUGGCCCAUGCAUUUGCACCUGGCUCAGGCUUAGGAGGAGAUGCUCACUUUGAUGAGGGUGAGAAGUGGUCACAAGAUCAUAUAGGAACAAAUUUGUUCCUUGUUGCUGCACAUGAAUUUGGUCAUUCUUUGGGACUGGGUCAUUCAAAUGUUCAAGGUGCUCUGAUGUAUCCUAUCUAUCGCUACUGGGACCCAGACACCUUCAGCCUUCCAGCUGAUGACAGACAAGGAAUUCAGAAAUUAUAUGGCCGCAAACAUAAAAACUUCUAAAGAACCCUGGUGUGUUUAAAAAGAAUGAAGAAUUCACACCAGAAAUGUUUCGUUUUAUUUCUUCCGUGAAUUAAAAUGGAAAAUGUUUGAA